AUGCACCCAUUGUUCUGGCACUUGAAUAAAUCGGCGGCCGAUAACAUACUGUUCCUCUUUACCAACGCCCGAUCCACCCAAUAUGCGCCGGGAGAUACCGGACCCGCAUUAAAACAAUUUUUAAGUGACAUUAAAGGGGAAUAUCCGUUUGUGGACAUACCGUACCACAAGAAAACGAUCUAUUGUUUCGAUAACGAGGCCUUUCGGUUCGCAGUGGCGUCGGCACCGCCUAAUAACAUGGUGUUUGACGAUACGUUAACACGUGAUUACGAAGUCAGUUGGGAAGUAUCUGUCAAGGAGUGCGAUCGACUCUUGGAGCGAAUCAUAUCCCUGUCCCCUCACAUAGUGAUGGAAACCCUAUCUCUCAAUAACGCCAAACAACACAUAAUUUUAUUGACCCAACCGUUGGCAGACAUCGCCAAAAAUAUCUCGGAUAAUGUGUACGAGUGCGAACGACGCAAACGAAAGAUUUACGAAUUCACGGAUGAUAUAAACCAUCUCCAGAAGGACCUGUAUAUCCCUUCCGUGGACAUCGAAUCGGAACCAUUAGAUCAGCCGAAGAUUGUUUGCGGUGACAAGAAGUGCUGCACUCAAGAGAAUAUCAACGGAAACAUUAAGACCCAUUUCAAAACCAAUUGCCAUUCACCUUGCUACUUGACAUAUAGCGACGGCAAUAUUUUGGGCAAUAAGGGUUUACUCGACUGCAAGGCGUCCAAUAAGUACGAGAGGACAGGACCCGAUCGUUGGGAUUACCCUAAAAAUAUGGUGCCGGAUACUAAUAUUGAGCUCAACAAAGAUGGUAAAAUGUUAUUGCAUACGGUAAGUACAACUAAAUCGGACAAGUGUUUCGGGUGCGGCCACUCCUUUCAAACGCACCUACAUAUCAAUUUCGAGACAAAGAUCGUGAAGAAACAGGUCCGGGAUGAGAGCAAGUAUAAGCGUAUAACUACCGUCAAAGAAAUGACCCUGGCUCAAGAUGAGCAAAUUAAAAAGCUUGAAAUUACAAUCGAAGAAUUGUCCAAGGAAAAUCAUAUUAUAACAAAAGCUAUGGCUAAGUUUGCGAGUUUCAUUAAAAAUAAUGCCCUGACACCUUCUAACGAUGUGUUUGAGGAUUACGUGAAAUUUAUCAUUAAAAAUGAAGAACAAGCAGGCAACUUUGAUGGAAGUAGCAGUAGGGUGACCAUCGACAAAUUGACGCAAAUGCUGAAACAGUAUGAAUACGAUAAAGUUAUAUUGGAUGCCAUGAAGAAAAGCGACCAUGGAUCUAUAUGGGUUGAGGAUAUCGAACAGAUUAUCAAACAACUUUGUGGAUUAAAGUGGAAUGGAAAAGCUAUUAAAAAGCUUUUGGCCUCACAAAUACAGUCCAAGGAUCAGAGUCAUGCUCAAAAUGAGCUGGUUAUUAGUUGUGGACAUCCGACUACUUCUGUUGGAAAACUGAAUGCGUUUUGGAAUAAGAUUUUCUAA